ACUCCAACAUCAACUGCAGAAACAACAACUCCAACAUCAACUACAGAGACAACAACUCCAACAUCAACUACAGAGACAACAACUCCAACAUCAACAUCAACUGCAGAAACAACUCCAAUAUCAACUGAAGAAACAACAACUCCAACAUCAAAUGCAGCGACAACAAUUUCAAAAUCAACCGCAGAAACAACAAUUUCAAAAUCAACUGCAGAAACAACCACUCCAAUAUCAACUGCAGAAACAAUAACUCCAACAUCAACUGCAGAAACAACAACUGCAACAUCAACUGCAACAACAACAACUGCAACAUCAACUGCAGAAACAACAACUGCAACAUCACCUGCAGCAACAACGCAAACAUCAACUGCAGAAACAACAACUCCAACAUCAACUGCAACAACAACAACAACAACUCCAACAUCAACUAAAGUGACAACAACUCCAACAUCAACAACUUUAACAUCAACUGCAGAAACAACAACUGCAGCAACAACUCCAAAAUCAACUACAGUGACAACAACUCUAACAACAACUGCAGAAACAACAACUCCAACAUCAACUGAAGAAACAACUCCAACAUCAACUGCAGUGACAACAACUCCAACUGCAACAACAACAACUCCAACAUCAACUAAACAACAACUGCAACAUCAAGUGCAGAAACAACAACUCCAACAUCAACUUCAGCAACAAAAACUCCAACAUCAACUUCAGAAACAACAACUUCAACAUCAACUGCAGCAACAACUUCUCCAAAAUCUACUACAGCAAAAACUUCAACAACAACUGCAAAACAACAUCUCCAACACCAACUGCAGAAACACCUCCAACAUCAACUGCAACAACAGCUUCAACUGCAACAACAACAACUCGAACACCAACUGCAGCAACAACUCCAACAUCAACUGCAGCAACAACUUUAACAUCAACUGCAAAAACAACAACUGCAGAAACAACUCCAACAUCAACUGCAGAAACAACAACUACAGCAACGAAAACUCCAACAUCAACUGCAGUGACAACAACUAG